UAUCUCUGCCUAGGAGUUGAGUUAGAAGUCAUGUGAGCCUGACAGCCUGCGAGCUGCAGCUGAGAUCAGAGCUAGAGAGUGUGUGCCCAUUAGUCCAGAGCGCGGCUGGCUGGAGAGGCUGGCACAGCACUGGAGGCGCCAACAGGAGUCAGAGCCAGGCGAACCACAGGGGGGGAAAGGGAGAGUCUACAGCGGUUGCUGCAGCUGCAGCUGCAGCAGCCAACUCACAACAAUAACAAAACCCCACUGCUUUGCUCCACUCGGGGUUCACCUCGUGGCGCAGAUGCGCCCGCAUAUCCAGCGCUGAGAUUGUCCGGCCAGCGAGUACCUGGGGGACCCCAAGAAUCUCGCCUGGACUUAGAAGGGGCACUGUAUAAGAACGACCCUGCAGAGGGACAGAGAUUUCGUAACUUCUGGCUUCCGGCUUCCUUGUCCCCUUAAUUCGGCUUCAGCCGGCCUCUCAAUGGAGUCCCCGGUACAGAUUUUCCGCGGGGAUAUGGCUCCUACCUGUCCCCCAGGCAACUGCCUGCUUCCCAAUAGCAGCAACUGGUUCCCAGGAUGGGCAGACCAGGACAACAACGAGAGUGACAGCUAUGAGGACCAGCAGCUGAACCAUACACACAUCUCCCCUGUCAUUCCCAUCAUCAUCACUGCGGUCUACUCCGUGGUGUUUGUGGUGGGCUUGGUGGGCAACUCAUUGGUCAUGUUUGUGAUCAUCAGAUAUACAAAGAUGAAGACAGCAACCAAUAUUUACAUAUUUAAUUUGGCUAUGGCAGAUGCAUUGGUUACUACCACUAUGCCUUUCCAGAGCACCGAAUAUCUGAUGAAUUCUUGGCCCUUCGGAGAUGUGCUUUGUAAAGUCGUGAUUUCUAUUGACUACUAUAAUAUGUUUACCAGCAUAUUCACACUGACCAUGAUGAGUGUCGAUCGUUAUAUUGCAGUGUGCCACCCUGUCAAGGCUUUGGACUUCCGCACUCCCUUGAAGGCAAAGAUUAUCAACAUAUGUAUCUGGUUACUAUCAUCCUCUGUUGGUAUUUCUGCUAUAGUCCUAGGGGGAACCAAAGUCAGAGAAGAUUUAGAUACCAUUGAAUGCUCUUUGCAGUUCCCAGAUGCUGACUAUUCUUGGUGGGACCUCUUCAUGAAAAUCUGUGUCUUUGUUUUUGCAUUUGUGAUCCCAGUUCUUAUCAUUAUUGUUUGCUAUACUUUGAUGAUCUUGCGCUUAAAGAGUGUGAGGCUACUCUCUGGUUCUCGGGAGAAAGAUCGUAACCUCCGCCGAAUCACCAGACUUGUUCUGGUGGUGGUGGCUGUCUUUAUAAUCUGUUGGACCCCCAUUCAUAUAUUUGUGCUGGUUGAGGCCCUGGGGAACACCUCCCAUAGUACAGCAGCCCUUUCUAGCUAUUAUUUCUGCAUAGCUUUAGGGUAUACCAACAGCAGCCUAAACCCCAUUCUCUAUGCUUUCUUGGAUGAAAACUUCAAAAGAUGUUUCAGGGACUUUUGUUUCCCAUUUAGGAGGAUGGAGAGACAGAGUACCAGUAGAGUCCAAAACACAGUUCAGGACACUCCCUACAUGAGGGAGGUUGAUGGGAUAAAUAAACCUGUAUGACUAGUCGUGGAAAUGUCUUCAUAUAGUUCUCCAGGAAGAGAGGAGUUCAAUGAUCUAGGAUUAACUCAGAUUACCACAGCAGUCUGAGCCUGGAAACAUAAAAAAUUUAUUUUUGGAAAGACUUUUAAAAGUUCUUAUGUUGUGGAGCCAUGGCAAGGGUUAGCUGCUAUGGCAGUCAAGCUCAGUUGAUAUCAAAGUUUAAGGCAGGAUUUGAGGACAAAAAAAAAAUCUAAGUGGGAAGGUACCUUCUUUAAAUCUAGGAGGUCAGACUAUCUGACAAUUAUCACUAGGGAAGAUAAAGUCAGAUUUCCAUCUUCUAAGGCUUAGACUAAGCUCACCACCAUUUGCUAUGGCCUUAUAUGCAGAGAUAUUGUUUGUGUACUUGAGUUUAAAAGAAGAACAAGAAGCAUUUGCUUUAGACUGAGAGUGAACACUGUAAAUCCAGAUCUUUGCACAGUGGCAGUUUCAAGAAGGAAGAAGGAUGGCCACUGUGAAGUUCUCCCUAUCUCUCUUUACUCUUCCUGGACAAGAAUUUCCUUUGAUUUUGUGGCAAAAAUUUCAGCUUAAGCAUGGCCCGAAUUUACACCUAAAGUGUAUAAUGUUUCUGUAUAAUGUGAAAGUCUUUUACUAUUUAAAAAGAUAAAAAUAAAAUGUUAGGAUGCCAGAAAUAAAGUUUCUAAUAUAUUUUAAUGUACUUGGCAUCUGAAGAUGAUGUUUAAUACUUUUAGCUAGUAUUCUCUUGGUAUUUAAGUUGAUAAAUUAUACAGUUGUUAAGUCACCUCAGAAAAUAUGUUGGGGAAAAAUCUUGCCUUCAUCAUCUCUGUACAAAAAGAGAACUUGAGUCAGAGAGACUUUGGUUGGUUAGAAUAUACCAGAAAUUCUUCUUGAAAUAUUAUAUAUAUAUAUAUAUAUAUAUAUAUAUAUAUAUAUAAAGGAUGGGCUGGCCCAUUAUUAGUUCUUCUUGACAUGUGUGCCUAAUUAAAAAAUAACUUAAGCAGGUAAUUCAUUCACUUGGAGAGAUGAUACUGCUGGCAAUCAUUGUAGUACUUAAAACAUUUCUCCAGUCAUUACCAUAUUUUCUGGAAUUUAUCUUAGGACUUUUGGAAGUGAUGCAAUCUCUUUCAGAUAGCUAGAGUACUGGUGUGCCUGCUUAACUCAAAAGAGUCCAUUUCUAACGUUUCCUUAAAAGUUUAGCUCAUGCUGAGGGUUCAGCCCUAUAAUGUAUCUGGAUUGAGCCCAUCAUCAGUAUAGACUGAAAAUUUUCUGUAAAUAGAGCUCGGAUGUUCUUUUUUUUUAUGGUGGGAUACACUGGUGAAAUGUCAUUCAUAGGUGGAGCAUUGAAAUGAUAUGGUUUUGUUUUAUUGUGCUUUGGCUUGGGUCAGGUACCACCAGGAGUAGUUGGGGUAGGGCUUUUAGCAGUCUAUGUAUGGUGAUUUUGCCAUUUGUUCUCUAAGCUCUAAAGUGAUAAAAUUUCAAAACAGUACAGUUAUAGUGGGAAUUAUACUUCAUUAAUGCAUUCUCUUUUACUCCACCAAGCUAGGGUACUUUCCUCCUCCUUGUUCAUUGCUUUGACAUAUGCCUGGGCCAAUGGGUGAAUUUGAGACUAAGGCUUUGCCCCAGGUGGGUACAAGAUAAAAAACCAUCCAGAGUUUAAAAAGGAUAAUUAUUCUCAUAGUUCCAUUGACAUAUUCACAUCUGUGAAAGUAUUUUAAUUCUCAUGGGAAUAUGCCUGCUUGCUCUUAUACUCGUGUGUCUUUGCUAUGUCCACUAAACCAAAACUUGGCACUUAAGAAGUUAAACCAAUAUUUUCAGACUUACCUCAACUGUAUUAGCUUGUCUCUAUCUUAUAACUGCAGAAUAUUUCCUAAAUUCUUUGGACUGUGUCCCUGGACACAUCUCUAACUGAAAAUUAAGGAAUUUUUAUCUUAUAUUUCAUUGAAUUAUCUAAGAACAUUUGUGCUUUUAUAGCCAGAUAUAUAGCCAGUUUUAAUAUUUAUUGACUAUACUGUGAUAUACUUAAAUAUACCAACUGCAAUCCUCAAUGGAUAUGUGUAUACAUACAUAUAUGUGAAAACAUGUGAAUAUUCAUAUACGAAUAUGUAUAUACACAGUAGCUUGAGUACAUAAUACUGAGUAAUAAAGAAGUAUGUUCCUUUCUGAAGCAUAUUAUACAUAAUAUUUAUAAAUAUCAAGGUAAUCUUAUUUAUUUCCUGGAACAAUUAAUUCAUCUGUUUGUGCUGUAGGCUCCCUGUUGCAAUUUUUACUCCAGGGAGUAAAUAAAAACUGGGAUUCUAAGCAUGAAAUAGGAUUCUGUGAAGUGCACAUGAGGUAUCCUCAUGCUAAUACCCUGACUGGCACUGAGGUCAUCUUAUACUAGAUAGAAGACAUCUUCCCAUCUUGUGCGAAGGAUGCUUAGGGACUCUUAUGGCACUUACUAGGUCUACAUUUGAUCCCAUAAAACACAUAGAAAGAUGCAAAGUUUAGGGAUAUAAUAAGAAGAAGAGUAUGGAGCAUAAAACCUCUUUAUCAAAAAUAUUGCCUGGUUUUAAAGUUCCUCUCCUAGAAAUUUUUUUCUGUGUAACAGGAGGUUCAAGAUUUGUGCCAAGUACAUGCCCUCAGACAAUGACAUUGUCAAAAGCCCUCUUUUAUUAAUUCCUAUUCUAUUAUGUUUUGCUGUGCCACUCUGGCAAAACAAAACAAGUAUCUAUCUGAGGACAGAAUUAGACUGUCCAACUUUAGGUUGCUCACCCACACACACUUUUUUGUUACAAUUUUUCUACUUUACCAGUGAUCACUUCUAUCAUAUAGAUUUGUGACAAGGGAUUAAGGAUUUGGAGAGAGGUACAGUACGAUAAAGCAGCAGUGACCUAGAUAGAUAAAAGAAUAAAAUGAAUAGAAUGACCCAGACAGUAGAGAAGUGUGAUUCUUGGGCAUCAAAGAUCCUUCUUAUGACCUUGCCUUGAAUAGUCCUUCAUAAAGAUUUUUUUUAAAUUUAUAAUACAUAUUGAUAUUUCAGUGGAUAAUUGGAAAGUCUAGUUUCAAAUUCUACUUCUGACAUAUACUAUCUGUGUGAUCCUGGGCAAAGACUUAACUGCUCAGUGCUCUAGACAGCUCUUAUACACUGCAGACAAGGUGCCAACCACAACUGGUCAAGGGAGUUUCUUCCCCAGGGAAUUUCGUAGCCUAAUGAAAUCAGAAGUAUAAUCACUGUCCUCUUAAUCUAUUGGUAUAUAGUAAAAACUAAAAAGAAAUUUUGGAAAAUUUCAAAGGGCAAUUUCUGACAAUCAAGUGCCAUUUGGGGAUGUAUCUCUGAGCAAAACUUGGCCCCAAACUUGAAUAGUCGUUCUUACCCCCUUUUUAGUCAUUUAGUAUGUAUAAUGCAGCCUGACAGGAAAAAUAAUUGGAGUAAAAGGAAUACAUUUGGCUGAAUUUCUCUUAGCACUUUCUCAAAGAGAGAACUGUGACUGUACUCUAUGGUCCUUUCAUGAGAAUUUGUUCCCAAAGCUAGAAUUGUUUGAUUCAGCAGAAACCUGAAAACUAUGCCUAAAAAGGGGAGCCUUUUACCCUGAUGAAUUCUUCUAAUCACCAAAAAUAUUUUCUUGUUUCUUUUCUGAGAUCUGAUAGGAAUAUAUAUAUAUAUAUAUACAUAUAUAAUAUAAUAUAAUGUACAUACUUAUAUUCUAAAAUGGUGGUAAUUAUGUAUUGUGUAUAUGGUUAUGUCUUGUGAUGAAAAAAAUUGUACUGUUAAAAAAAAGAAACUAAAUUCCCCAAAAUUCA